AUCCAACCCAACCAACGACCAUACAAACCCACCUUCUCCAACCACCAAUCCAAGUCCAAAAACCAACAUGAAGACCACCUUCGCAGCCCUUGCCCUCACCCUCACCCUCACCUCCACCGCCCUCGGCGCCUCCAUCAGCGCACUCAACAACUGCGGCACAUCCAUCUGGGUCAAAGCCGACAGCCAGUCCUCCAGCGGACCCAUCACCGAGAUCGCAGCAGGCGCCACCUGGACGGCCAACCUGGAGACCACACAGCAGGGCAACGCCGUCAAGUUCUCCAACUCCAACACCGACUUCACCAAGCCCAUCAGCUUCGACUACUCGGUCACCAACGGCGUCAACUACUAUGACGUGAGCAAUGCGGCGGGCCAGCCGUUCAGUCUGGCGGCUGCGGAUACGCAGGGAGGCAGUGGUGCCUGUCCGAGUGUGAUGUGUCCUGGGUCGGAUUGCCAGGCGGUGAAGACUUGUGGUAGUGACAGGAGCUUCAACAUUAGGGCUUGUUAG